GCACAUCCAUCCCCCAUCUUGCCUCCCUCCCCCCUUCUGUGACCUUUUUGCCGCAAACCACCCUCACUCUGCCCCCUCCGUUCCCCCCAACCUUGCACUGCGUUGCAUGUAAGCCGCCCACGACGGUACCUACCUUACUUACCUUCCGCACGACCCUUUUUCCUUGUAUCGUCGUCUCCGAGUACGGGUCUUUCCAGACUCGCCGUCAGCCAUCGUCGUCGUUGCCCAGCACGCGCCAGCAUCGUCGACGUCCCUCCUCCCGUUGCGCGCUCACGCUGCCUCGGCAACCGACCGCCCGCCCUUGAUCCGUCCGUCGUCCACAAACGUCGACCAUAACAAACCGACUGUAACACGGAUGCGAAGAUGCCUUACAACACGCGUCGCAAAUCGCUCUCCCUACCCAGCUUGGGAAUCCACAUCCCCGUCACGCACGCCGCUCGUGCCGCCGCAUCAAAAGCCGGCGGUCGCCUUUCGUCGUCGUCCUCCUCCUCAGAAAACCGCUCCCAGUCGCCCGACUCGCAUCCGAGCAAGCGCCUGAAAAAGUCUCACGAUGCCGUCGCUUCUUCCGCCGAGGUCCUGAUCGAGCACACACCACCGCCAUCGCCUACCCCUGCGACCAGCAUCGAGAUGUCCGAUGUCGACGAGAACCCCAAGAUCGACCUUCAAAGUAUCAACGACGACAUCGUCGAGGCUUCGGUUGUGCAACUGCAAUCAACCGCAAAUCGGCCUCACCUAAUCAAGGAGCUAGCGACUGUACUUUCGCAGAAGCUGGUAUCCGUCCAACAGUCCGCGAACCCGUGCGCCAUCAUCUCUUCCCGCCUCACCUCAUUUAUGAAGCGCCCCUGCUGGUCUGCUCUAAACCCCUGUCCGCUCGCCAAGGAACUUGAAACUGUUCAUCCUCGGCGCACGUAUUUCUUCCUGACAACCUGCCCACGCCCCGCGCUACCCGACCCAAACGCCGCCCAAGCCCCGCCGUCGGCCAUCGUCACGCCGUCCGUGUCACUCACCGACGAUUCUGGCUCGGACGAUGUUGAUGCAAGGCGAAGAGACCUGAGUCCAUCGCCUGAAGUUGAUCUCUCCUCUCCCGAGUUUGACGAUGCGGAUGAAGAUGCCGCCAUGCCCAUCACGCCUAUCGGUUCAUUCAAAGCCCGCCAUCUGAAACAUUCAAGAGACAUGCGCCACGAUUCGCCCCCCUUGGAGAAGGACGAGCGCGAGUUCACUCAGACGGCAGACGUACUCCAAAAGCGCAAGUUGAACGAUGCGCCGCCACCUCCGGAUACCGUGGAGCGGAAUUCGGGGAUGGAGUAUGGUUAUCGAGACGACAUUUGGUUUAGCGACAGCCGCUUGAACGCAGCCGCUACGUUUCUCGCCAGCCCAGCCAUGAGACCCAGCCUACCGUCGAGCAUACGCAAGGAUGACGAGGCCGACCCCUGGCUCAAGAUCAACGAAAUGUUCCAGUGGGACAAAGGAGCUGAGAGCAUCGAGAUCGAGGAGCUGGACUGCUUGUUGGAAGGUUGUUAGUUCCUGGUGUGUUUUUCUUUUCCCUGGACUUUGCGACAGGCGCACGGAGUUUGGCAAUGAAUGGCAACCAAAAUCUGUGAUGCUCGACAAGAUUUGGUAUUCGACGUGGCGGCGACGUUAGAAACAAGAUGCAAUUGUAAAAGUACACAUGUAUAUAUAGCCGGCUUGUCUUGUUUGCGACAGCCUGGAUGUACGAAAAGUUGGAGACUGGACGUGCCGGGAGCGCUGUCUGUACAUAACACUACUCUUCAAUGGAUGACAUGCCAC